CCGACAACUUGCAGCCGCGUAAGUAACGCCAGGGCCCGGGGGUGGGAGCGGCCGCUGGGCGGACACCGCCUUCCCCCAGGCACCCAGGAGGAAGCAGAAGGCCGGCGCCACCCCGCGCUCCGCGGUGGUCCCGAAAAACUUCCACGGGAGCAAGCACUCAUCUCUUGAAAUCAGCUUUUUUUUUUUUUUGCUGCCCAAAGCGAAAAACCCGGGCGAGGACUCGAGGGACGAGGACUCGAGGGCCGAAGUGGCUGUCCGGGCGCAGCCGGCCCACUGGAUCCCCUGCAGGCAGAGGUUCCGGCGGACCCUCCCCAGGGGCUGCUGAGCACGGCCAGGGACACAGAGGGAGCGGACGCGGGGUCGGGAGGCCACCCCCUCGGUUCCACCUCCCCAUCGCCCGACGGCCGGCCGGGCCAUGUCCAGAGGCCCGGGCUCCGCGGUCCUCCCCGCCGCCGCCGGUUUCCGGAAGCCCGCCCCGCGGAGCCUCAGCUGCCUCUCGGACCUGGACGGCGGCGCGGCCCGGGAGUCGCGGCCCUGCAGGCCCCCCGGGAGCCCGGGCAGCGCGCCGCCGCCGCCACCCGCGCCGUCCGGCUGCGACCCCCGCCUUCGGCCCAUCAUCCUGCGGCGGGCGCGCUCGCUGCCCAGCUCGCCCGAGCGCCGCCAUAAGGGCGCGGGCGCGCCGGGCGCUGCGUGCCGGCCGGGCUGCAGCGAGCAGCACCGCGUGCGCUUCGCCGACGCGCUGGGCCUGGAGCUGGCGCAGGUCAAGGUGUUCAACGCGGGCGACGACCCGUCCGUGCCGCUGCACGUGCUGUCGCGGCUCGCCAUCAACUCGGACCUGUGCUGCAGCAGCCAGGACCUGGAGUUCACCUUGCAGUGCCUGGUGCCCGACUUCCCGCCGCCCGUCGAGGCCCCUGACUUCGGCGAGCGCCUGGGGCGGCAGCUCGUGUGUCUGGAGCGCGUCACCUGCUCAGACCUGGGCAUCAGCGGUACGGCGCGCGUGCGCAACCUGGCCUUCGAGAAGCAGGUGGCGGUGCGCUACACGUUCUCGGACUGGCGCAGCGCGCACGAGGCGGCGGCGCGGUGGCGCGGGCCGGCGGGCACCGAGGGCGCCGAGGACGUCUUCGCCUUCGGCUUCCCAGUGCCGCCGUUCCUGCUGGAGCUCGGCUCCCGUGUGCACUUCGCGCUGCGCUACCGCGUGGCGGGCGCCGAGUACUGGGACAACAACGACGGCCGCGACUACAGCCUCACGUGCCGCAACCACGCGCUGCAGAUGCCGCGCGGGGAGUGCGAGGAGAGCUGGAUCCACUUCAUCUGAGCCUCCGCGCGCAGGCCGCACCCGCGCUCACUUCCUGGCUGGGCUCUCGCAUCUGGGCAGUGGCCCGUCCUCACACCCCGUCCCCUAACCGAGGUCGUCUGACCUCACUUCCCGCUGUAAGUUUUCAGGCAACUCUAUGGAAUUUCGGGCAACGAUGCCCUUUGCGAUGACGUUUUUGAUGAAUUAAGGUGACUCUCUUUAUGUCUUCUUAAGCGUCAAAGGUUCCAGCAGUCAUCUUUCAGAAAUCACGUUACCAAGUGGAACUAGCAGGUAUUUUCAGCAACAGCCAGACUGGAGGAAAAACAAUACACAAAUAUUUAUACUUUUUAAGUGUUUUAAACUGUAUUUAUAUAUGUCUGGUUUUAUCAGCUACCUGCCAACUUUGUUCUUUGUGCCUUCAGAUAGAAAAGUUUAUAACCUCGUCUGGACUUGUUUCCCAAUUUUAAAACGUUAAAUGCUGUUUUUUUUUUUUUUAAAUCUCCAACCAAGAAGUCAAGGCCAUUGUCCCCUGCAGAGUGCCACAAGAACUUAAAACCUCAGUGAGGGGCUGGCGAUUGUUUUUGGUGCUGAGUGGUGGUCUCACGGCAGGUGCUAGCACUGAGGUGUGAAAACCCAGCUAAGAUGGACACGGUCUCCAACUUGGGAAGCUGGUUUCUGAGACAGCUGAAACCAGUGUAAUCAAUUUUGUGAUAGCUGUCACCAAUGCACUGACUCUAAAUUUUUGAAUGCUUGUUGCCAUUUGUCAAAUAAGUAUGUAAAGGAUGCGUUUUGCCUUUUAACCAAUUUCUUUUUUAUAAUUGCAACUGUGUUGUUUUUAAAAUUCCAUCAACAGGGAUGGCUUUCUUUGGUACCUUCUGAUCUAAGAAUAUGGAACUUUGAUUUAAAAUAUUGUGACUAAAUUGAACAAUCGUUGGCUGUUAGCACUGUGUACUCCACUGACGCGCAAGAGGGAGAGAAGCCUGGUUGCAUUUCCUGCUAUUUGACAAACUGUCCAGUUAGUUCAGCAAGCCUGUGAGGGCCUCAGCUGCUAUGCCCUGGGUCCCAGCCCAGCGUGCAAGGCAGUUGUCCACAGCAUUCAGGUAGGAGCUAGAGCUGGCAAAUGUAUUGCUAUGUAAAGGCAUGUAGAGAAUCUUAUAAUCCAUAUGAAGGUCACUUACCAAAAAGGUUCUGGUCAUGGAAUAUGAAGUAAAUGUUAUAUCUUUAAUAUUAAGAGAAUCUCCAUGUGCCUUUGAAAAAAGAUCAAUGUUUAAAAAAUUUUAAAGCUUAAAUAUACCUGUCUAGUUAAUAAAGAAGCUUUGGAACAGCUUAAGGAGAUUUUCAGGCCUGAAAACACAGUUAUGUGGCCUAGAUGUUCAAAUUUUGUUGUGGAUUGUGCAAUUCUUGGGUUGUCUCCCAAACAUAUUUUAAUACCUGCCAUUUAAGGUGUCUUCACCUAAGCCUAAAUAUUAAAGUAUAUGUGCACAA